UGCUUUUUGCAUGAAAAAAAUUUAACACAAAACUCAUCACCACGCCCUUCUCUUUCGCUCUAAUCAUCUCUUUUCUCUCUAAACAAAAAUGCCUCGCCUGAGCAACGCCGUCAUCGGGGUUUUGAACUGCUGCACUCUCAUCCUCGGCCUCAUCGGAAUUGCCGCCUCUCUCUACUUCCGAAUCCGUGGCUCUUCUGACUGUCAGAAGGUAAUCCAAGACCCUCUCCUCAUACUCGGAAUCUUCCUCUUCGUCGUCUCGUUGUUAGGUCUUGUAGGAUCUUUCUGCCGCCUCAAUUUCAUACUCUACCUCUACCUGAUUGUUCUGUUUCUCUUGAUCCUUGGAGUCCUCGCCUUCACGAUUUUCACUAUUUUGGUUACGAAUAAAGGCGUUGGAAGAACGGUGUCGGGAAAAGGAUAUAAGGAGUAUCGCCUGGGAGAUUACUCCAAUUGGUUGCAAAAGUAUGUUGUGAAUCGUAAGAAUUGGAAUGAAAUUAGAAGUUGUUUGAUUGAUGCUAAGAUUUGUGAAAGUCUUGGCAAUGAUAAUAUUCCUCAAGUUCCAGAUGAGUUUUACAAGAAGAAUUUAUCGCCUAUUCAGUCCGGAUGCUGUAAGCCGCCAUCGGAGUGUGGAUUUGAGUUCAAGAACGCCACAUUCUGGACAGUGCCUAAAUCAAGGAAGGGAGCAGCGGUAGCGGGCGGCGAUUGCAAAAGAUGGAGCAACGAUCAAUUGCGAUUGUGCUACGAGUGCGAUGCAUGUAAAGGAGGAGUGUUGGUGAACGUGAGGAAGGAGUGGAGACAUUUCUCCAUUUUUAACGGUUGCGUGCUCGGGAUCGUGACGAUUAUCUAUUGCAUAGGAUGUUGCGCAACCAAGAACAACAAAGCUCCUCCAAAGUAUCCCAAGUACAGUGGUUAUGCUUAUUAACUUUAAUUAACAUUCUUGUUAAUUUUAACUUUCGUGUGGUUGAAACGAAGAUUAUGAAUUAGAGAUUACACUAAUCACGUAUUAAUUAUCAAUAUGCUUUGACUUCACUUA